CCCCUGCCUGAGCAAAAACCACAGCUCUUGCAGGUACAAAGCUUGCCCACAGCCCUGCCGCCUUGCGAAAAAUAGGCUGUUCUGCAAAAGCCACGAGAUGUACUCAAGAUUUCUCAGAAACUGCUGUUACCCACCCAAAACCCCCCAGACCCCCAAGACUCAGCUAGGUGUCUGAACCCCGAGUAACCCCUCUACCCCACCCGUAUGAAACUGCCCUAUAAAAAGCCUAUAAGCUGGAGCUUUGGGGUCUUCAGUCCUCAGCUUGACUGUUGACCUGUGUGCACACGUACAAUAAACUGCUUCUGAGUGACUCGAUAUCGGAGUGAAGCUUCUGUUGUCAGCGCCGACUCUAACAUUUUUGGAGGUCCCACCGAGAUAAUCAUCUUCACAUCUGGUGGUGAGUCGGCUUGGGAGGGUGAGCAGCUGUCCGGGCUGCCCGUGAGGACACCCGGACAGUGGGGGACAGACGUGUCCAGAACCCACAGGCUGCAACUCUGGAGGACGCUCUAGAGUGUGGGGACCCUGUAAAAGGGACCCCUUCAGAUACCCUUUUGCCUAGGAGACUUUUUAAGAGGCCCGGGCCAGUAGAUCAUCUUUUGGUUUCAUUUUCUAUACCAUUUUGCCGGCUUGUCCUGUCUCUGUGUGUUGUGAGUUUGUUCGUGUCAUUCGGUGUUUUGUUUUGCCUGUUCGGUAUGGGCCAGACUGCCUCUACACCCCUUUCUCUUACCCUCGCCCACUGGUCAGAAGUAACGGCCCGAGCCUCAAACCUAGCGGUUCGAGUGAAGAAAGGGAAGUGGCAGACUUUCUGUUCAUCUGAGUGGCCCACCUUUGGUGGGUGGCCCGCUGAUGGCACUUUUGAUCUGAAUGUUAUUAGGGCAGUUAAACAGAAGAUUUUUGUUCCAGGUACCCAUGGACACCCGGACCAGCAAGCCUACAUCUGGGUCUGGGAGGACUUGGUGCUAGACCCACCUAAGUGGGUCCGGUCUCUCCAGGCCAACUCAUCUGCACCACCUACUGACCAAGCCCCCCUCCUUCUAACCAAAACCCCUGAACCACCUAAGCCUUCUCCGUUAACCCCGACACCUGCACCCCUGCCAGAGUCGCAGGUUGACCUCAUUUCUCUUGAUCUAGAUCCCCUGCCGCCCUACAGACCGCCACCACAGCCAGCUGGGGCAGAAUCCGAACCGGCUCUGGUCUCCCCCUCAGGGCCGGCAAAGGAGGAUCCCACCCGACUAACUGGGCUCCUUGAGUCCAUUAUGUAUUCCCACCAGCCUACUUGGGACGAUUGUCAGCAACUUCUGGGGGUCCUUUUCACCACAGAAGAAAGGGAACACAUCCUCCUAGAAGCUAGGAAGUUGGUCCCUGGACCAGACGGACGGCCAACCCAGCUCCCCAAUCUCAUUGAUGAGUGUUUCCCCUUGAGACGUCCGGCCUGGGACCCGAACACUCCAGAAGGUAGGGAGCAUCUGUCCCUCUAUCGCCAGACUCUAAUGGCGGGUCUCCGUGCAGCGGCCAGAAGGCCCACUAAUUUGGCUAAGGUAGGUGAGGUUCUUCAAGGGCCUGAAGAAACCCCCUCUGUCUUUCUUGAGAGACUCAUGGAGGCAUAUAAAAGGUAUACCCCCUUUGACCCACAGUCAGAGGAAUUGAGGGGAGCAGUAAGCAUGGCCUUUAUAGGACAGUCCGCCACAGAUAUACGGCGGAAGUUGCAGAGAUUAGAUGGAUUGCAAGGGCUGAGCCUGAGAGAUCUGGUUAAGGAGGCAGAGAAGGUCUACUAUAAACGAGAGACUGCGGAAGAAAAAGAGAUUCGACUGGAAAAAGAAAGAGAAAAAAAAAAAAAAAAAAAAACACGACAAAAACGCCAGAAUCGGGAUUUGACACGGAUUCUUGCAGCCGCGGUAAGAGACGGGCCGGGGCCACGGGGACGACGAGGAAGAGGAGGCCGGGGAGGCCGCUCUCCUCUGGGACCAAACCAAUGCGCCUACUGUAAAGAGGAAGGUCACUGGGCCAGAGAAUGCCCAAAGAAGUCAAAAGGGCGAGGUCGACAGGUCCUUGCCCUUGAAGACUGAGGGAGUCAGGGUUCGGAUCCCCUCCCCGAGCUCCGGGUAACUUUUGAAGUGGAGGGGACCCCAGUGGACUUUGAGGUGGACACAGGGGCAGUCUACUCAGCCAUCCAGCAUCCGCUGGGGCCUCUAUCUACCCGAAAGUCACUGGUUCAAGGAGCGAAUGGAAGCAGAGAGAGACCCUGGACCACCCAGAGAACAGUCAACUUGGGAAAAGGUACUGUACAGCAUUCCUUCCUAGUCCUGCCUGACUGUCCGGCGCCGCUUUUGGGCAGAGACUUCCUGACAAAAUUGGGAGCUCAAAUCUCCUUUACCGCUCGGGGCCCAGAAUUAAAAUUUGCACACCCAAAAGUGGGGGACCUCCAUCUCCUCACAUUAGAACUCCCAGCCACUGAGGAGUAUCGGUUGUAUGGAGCAGCAGCUAAAGCCUCUGUAACUACUGUCUCCCCGAACAAUGAGGGAUGGAUCCACAGGUUUCCUAAUGCGUGGGCAGAGACAGGGGGCCUUGGACUGGCUAAAGAACAACCUCCGGUGGUUGUCACCCUUAAGCCCACCGCAGUGCCCAUGCGUGUAAGACAAUACUCGCUCAGUCGAGAAGCCCGGGAAGGCAUAAAACCCCACAUCAGGAGGUUUCUGGAACUGGGCAUUCUGAAACCAUGCCAGUCAGAGUGGAACACUCCACUCCUACCGGUAAAAAAGCCAGGAACAAAUGACUACAGACCGGUCCAGGAUCUGAGGGAAGUAAACUCCCGGGUGAUAGACAUUCACCCUACAGUGCCCAACCCCUACAAUCUCCUGAGUACCUUGCCUCCAGAGCGCAAUUGGUACACUGUUCUGGAUUUGAAAGAUGCCUUAUUCUGCCUACCCCUCCACCCAGAUUCCCCAAAGCUCUUUGCUUUUGAAUGGUCAGACCCUGAGGAAGGGAGAACAGGGCAGCUAACAUGGACUAGACUUCCGCAAGGAUUUAAGAACUCCCCAACAAUCUUUGAUGAGGCCCUACACCGAGACCUUCGGAGGUAUCGAGAGACCUCCCCUGAUGUCAUUCUCCUCCAGUAUGUAGAUGAUUUACUCCUGGCAACUGAAACUCAGAACACCUGCAAACUUGGGACUGAAAAACUUCUAGAUACCCUGGCUAGCCUGGGGUACAGGGCAUCUGCCAAAAAGGCGCAGAUCUGUAAAAAAAAAGGCACCUUCCUCGGUUACUCCUUGGAAGGAGGAAAGAGAUGGCUCACAGAUGCCCGGAAGCAAACCGUGGCCAGCAUACCAACUCCAACAGAUCGCCGGCAGUUACUCGAAUUCCUGGGCGCAGCUGGGUUCUGCAGACUCUGGAUUCCAGGGUUCGCUGCCAUAACAGAGCCUUUCUAUCCCUUAUUAAAAGAAAAGACCCCUUUUGUCUGGCAGGAGGAGCACCAGCUCGCAUUUGAGAAACUGAAGAAGACACUCCUGUCAGCCCCGGCGCUUGCUCUCCCGGAUGUGAGUAAACCCUUCACCCUGUACUUACAUGAGAAGGGUGGGGUGGCUGUCGGCAUCCUAGUGCAAGCCCUUGGUCCAUGGAAAAGACCGACUGCCUAUCUAUCAAAGCGGCUUGAUCCUGUAGCCAGGGGAUGGCCGACCUGCCUCUGGGCAGUGGCAGCAGCCGCCAUGCUGGUGAGGGACGCAGAUAAAUUAACUCUGGGACAGCAUCUGACUAUUAUAGCUCCCCACGCAUUGGAGAGCAUUGUCCGCCAGCCGCCGGACCGAUGGCUCAGUAAUGCUCGAGCCACAUACUAUCAGACAACUCUCCUGGACCGGGACCGCAUCACUUUCGGGCCCCCAUCCGUCCUUAACCCAGCCACCCUCCUCCCAGUUGCCCAACAAGAAGAGGAGGGAGAGCCAGUGCAUGACUGUGGUGCCAUCCUGGCAGAGGAAACUGGGGUCCGGACAGAUUUAACGGACCAACCACUGGCCAACCCGGACCUGAUAUGGUAUACAGAUGGCAGCAGUUUCCUAAAUGAGGGGCAGCGGAAGGCGGGAGCGGCAGUGAUGGACAAAAAUAAGGUCAUCUGGUCUAGCAGCCUCCCAGAGGGGACCUCGGCUCAAAAAGCUGAAUUGAUUGCGCUCACCCAAGCCCUCACCAUGGCAGCGGGUAAGCGAGCCACCAUCUACACAGAUAGCCGGUAUGCAUUUGCAACCGCGCAUGUGCAUGGGGCCAUAUACAGGGAGAGGGGACUAUUAACAUCGGCAGGAAAAGAAAUUAAAAAUAAAAAAGAAAUCGAGGCGUUACUAGAUGCCGUCAUGCUGCCUCGUGAGCUGGCCAUCGUACAUUGCCCAGGACACCAGAAGGGCGACUCCCCAGUUGCAGUUGGGAACCGGAGGGCUGACCAAGAAGCAAGGGAGGCAGCUCUCCGAGGCCAGGCAGUCCAUCUGACACCCCCUAAAAGCCCAGUCUCUGAAGAGCCCCUGGCCCCUGAGACUCUGAAGGACACUUUGGAACGAAUCCACAAGCUGACCCAUCUGGGUAGCCAGAAGUUAGUCCAACUCACAGCAGAGAAUAAAACCCACUCCCCGUCUGAAAGGAAGCGGAUGGCAGAGGAAGUGGUGGCAGGCUGCCAAGCCUGCCAGCAGGUUAAUGCAUACCCUGGUCGGUUGGCUCCUGGAAAGAGACUACGAGGGAGUCGACCGGGCCAACACUGGGAAGUGGACUUUACUGAAAUACGGCCAGCUAAAUAUGGCCUAAGGUAUUUACUGCUGUUUGUAGACACAUUCACAGGAUGGGUGGAGUGCUACCCCACCAAAAAGGAGACUGCAGCUGUGGUUGCCAAGAAAAUUUUGGAGGAAAUCUUCCCAGGAUUCGGACUGCCUCAGGUAAUCGGGUCAGAUAAUGGCCCGGCAUUCGUGGCUCAGGUAAGUCAGGGACUGGCCAAGGUACUGGGGAUUGAUUGGAAACUGCAUUGUGCAUACAGACCCCAGAGUUCCGGACAGGUAGAAAGAAUGAAUAGAACAAUUAAGGAGACCCUAACCAAAUUGACCAUGGAGACUGGCUCUAGAGAUUGGACGAUGCUCCUACCAUAUGCCCUCUUUAGGGCUAGGAAUACCCCUUCCCUUAAAGGCUUAACCCCAUUUGAAUUGCUCUUUGGUUGUGCACCCCCAGUUAAGAACCUGACCUUCCAACAAGGGGAAAUCAUGCCUUCCUUCCUAUCUGACAGACUGCAAGCUUUGGCGGUCGUCCAGCACACCCUGUGGAAACAGUUGUCUGCCGCGUACCAACCCAGUAGAGAUGGCCCUGCCCACCGGUUCCAUGUAGGGGACUUUGUGUAUGUCCGCCGGCACCAGCAUCAGACCUUGGAACCUCGGUGGAAGGGUCCCUAUCAAGUCUUGUUGACCACCCCGACGGCAGUUAAAGUAGAUGGAAUUGCUGUGUGGAUUCAUGGCUCCCAUCUCAAGCCAGCUCCUGCUCCGGACAUGGAUUUGGACUGGACUGUGGAGCGGACUGAUAAUCCUCUCAAGCUCCGGAUCCGACAACCUGACCUUUGCCACUUGUUGGCUGGGGCAGAAGACUUUGACAUCCCCACCACUGACCCGGCCAACCCAAGUGAACCAGAAGUAUGCACCCAAAGUGGACGCUGCCCCUGUUCACGUUACCCAGCAGGGUGCAGAGACCCAAGGGCCCGAGCAGCCCUAAGAAAGAGACCAUUCUAUGUAUGUCCAAGGGACGGGAGGAGUAGGGCACAGGCGCGCACUUGUGGGCAACAUGAAAGUUAUUAUUGUAAAGCCUGGGGAUGUAAAACUACAGGGGAUGCUUGGUGGAAGCCGAGCUCAUCCUGGGAUCUGAUACAAGUAAAGAGGGAGGCAAGUGGAGAUGAACCUCCACUGUCACAAGAUUACUGCCAGAGCAAACCUAAGACGGUCACAACCCUAUGGUAUGGGUCAGGACCGUGUACAGCAUUUGCCUGCAACCCCUUGAACAUCACAUUCACCCAGACCGGAAAAGCAUCAAGGGAUUGGAUAAAGGGUAGACUAUGGGGCCUGAGGGUGUAUCACCAAACGGCCUAUGAUCCAGGAGUCCUGUUCAAAAUCAGGUUAAUGAUAAAUGUAGACCCUCAACCAGUAGGCCCUAAUAAAGUGUUGCAGGACCAGAGAGCCCCUCCUCCCAAGAAAAACAAACAGGAGCCCCUAAGACAGGAUCCCCCACCUAACCCAACCCAUCAAAACCCCUCCACUUUCCCACUGACCACUCUGGCUGUUGCAGAUCCCACCCUACCUGGGUCAAGGGAACGGUUGAUAGACCUGGUUGAAGGGGGGUAUCAGGCCCUCAACUCCACUUAG